GAGCGACGGUGGUGGGGAUCAACGUAUUUCUUCCGGUAGAGGGACGUCGGGUCGGGAAGAUCACGACGCAGUAGGCGUUGGAAAUGGUUGGAAGGCGUUCGGGCCAGCUUCUGUGAAUCGAAGCAAAAUGGCGACAUCCGACUCGAAAGCGCCUCUGCGGACGGUGAAACGCGUCCAAUUUGGCAUUCUCUCGCCCGACGAGAUACGUCGUAUGUCAGUCACCGAUGGCGGCAUACGAUUUCCAGAAACGAUGGAGGGCGGCCGCCCUAAGCUGGGCGGUCUCAUGGACCCGAGGCAGGGUGUCAUCGACAGGAAUUCCAGGUGUCAAACCUGUGCCGGCAACAUGACAGAAUGCCCUGGCCAUUUCGGUCAUAUAGAUCUAGCAAAACCAGUGUUCCACGUGGGAUUCAUUACCAAAACUAUAAAAAUAUUGAGAUGCGUGUGUUUUUACUGUUCCAAACUACUUGUCAAUCCACAUAAUCCAAAAAUCAAAGAAAUCGUUAUGAAGACGAAGGGACAGCCGCGGAAGCGACUCGCAUUUGUUUAUGAUCUAUGCAAAAGCAAGAAUAUCUGCGAAGGUGGAGACGAAAUGGAUAUCAACAAGGAGAACGCGGAGGCUCAGCCGCAGAUGGACAGAAAACCAGGUCACGGUGGUUGCGGCAGAUACCAGCCUAAUCUCCGACGAUCCGGCUUGGACGUCACUGCAGAGUGGAAGCACGUGAACGAAGAUUCGCAAGAGAAGAAGAUAAUUCUCUCGGCCGAGAGGGCCUGGGAAAUCUUGAAGCACAUUAAGGACGAGGAGUCUUUCAUCUUGGGCAUGGACCCGAAAUUUGCCCGACCGGAUUGGAUGAUAGUCACCGUGCUGCCAGUGCCGCCGUUGUCCGUCAGACCUGCGGUCAUCAUGUACGGUUCAGCCAAGAAUCAGGACGAUCUGACGCACAAACUGGCGGACAUAAUCAAAUCGAACAACGAGUUGCUACGAAAUGAACAGUCCGGCGCGGCGGCACACGUGAUCUCUGAGAACAUAAAGAUGCUGCAGUUUCACGUGGCGACGCUUGUCGACAACGACAUGCCCGGUAUGCCCCGGGCGAUGCAGAAGUCGGGCAAGCCCCUCAAGGCGAUCAAGGCCCGGCUGAAGGGAAAGGAGGGCAGGAUUCGUGGAAACCUGAUGGGUAAACGCGUGGACUUCUCCGCGCGUACCGUCAUCACCCCGGAUCCCAAUCUGCGCAUCGAUCAAGUGGGCGUACCGCGCAGCAUAGCGCAAAAUUUGACAUUCCCCGAGAUCGUCACGCCGUUCAACAUCGACAAGAUGCAGGUGCUGGUCAGGCGCGGCAAUUCGCAGUAUCCCGGUGCGAAGUACAUAGUCCGCGACAACGGCGAGAGGAUCGACCUGCGCUUCCAUCCCAAGUCCUCGGAUCUGCAUCUGCAAUGCGGCUACCGGGUCGAGCGACACAUCCGCGACGGCGAUCUCGUGAUCUUCAAUCGUCAACCCACGCUGCACAAGAUGAGUAUGAUGGGCCAUCGCGUCAAGGUGCUCCCGUGGAGCACGUUCCGUAUGAAUCUGAGCUGCACGUCGCCCUACAACGCCGACUUCGACGGCGACGAGAUGAAUUUGCACGUUCCGCAAUCCAUGGAGACCCGCGCGGAGGUCGAGAACAUUCACGUGACACCGCGACAGAUCAUUACCCCGCAGGCGAACAAGCCGGUUAUGGGUAUUGUGCAGGACACACUGACGGCCGUCAGGAAGAUGACCAAGCGCGACGUGUUCAUCGAGAAGGAGCAAAUGAUGAAUCUGCUUAUGUUCCUGCCCAGCUGGGACGGCAAGAUGCCGCAGCCGUGUAUCCUGAAACCGAAACCACUGUGGACCGGCAAGCAGCUGUUCUCCCUCAUCAUACCGGGUAACGUGAACAUGAUACGGACGCACAGCACGCACCCCGACGAGGAGGACGACGGUCCGUACAAGUGGAUCUCGCCGGGUGACACCAAGGUAAUGGUGGAGCACGGAGAGCUUGUGAUGGGUAUUCUCUGCAAGAAGACCCUGGGUACCUCCGCUGGUUCGUUGCUUCACAUCUGCAUGCUCGAGCUGGGCCACGAAGUGUGCGGACGCUUCUACGGCAAUAUCCAGACCGUCAUCAACAAUUGGCUGUUACUGGAGGGUCAUUCGAUUGGUAUUGGCGACACUAUUGCCGAUCCGCAGACCUACUUGGAGAUUCAGAAGGCGAUCAAGAAAGCGAAAGAGGACGUGAUAGAGGUGAUCCAGAAGGCACACAACAUGGAACUCGAGCCUACGCCUGGUAAUACGCUUCGUCAGACUUUCGAGAAUCAAGUGAACAGGAUACUAAACGAUGCAAGAGACAAGACCGGAGGCUCUGCCAAGAAAUCCUUGACUGAAUACAAUAAUUUGAAGGCCAUGGUGGUAUCAGGCUCGAAGGGUUCCAACAUCAACAUCUCUCAGGUUAUCGCUUGUGUAGGCCAGCAGAACGUUGAGGGUAAGCGGAUACCUUUCGGUUUCCGCAAGAGAACCCUGCCGCAUUUUAUCAAGGAUGACUACGGACCCGAGUCUCGCGGCUUCGUCGAGAAUUCGUAUCUUGCCGGUCUCACGCCCUCGGAGUUCUACUUCCACGCGAUGGGCGGUCGUGAAGGUCUCAUCGAUACCGCCGUGAAGACGGCCGAGACCGGUUACAUACAGCGUCGUUUGAUAAAGGCUAUGGAAUCGGUGAUGGUGCACUACGACGGCACCGUGCGUAAUUCCGUCGGUCAGUUGAUUCAGCUGCGUUACGGAGAGGACGGUCUCUGCGGCGAGACCGUCGAAUUUCAGAAUCUACCAACGAUCAAGGUGAGCAACAAGGCCUUCGAGAAGAAAUUCAAGUUCGACCCGACCAACGAGCGAUACCUGCGGCGUAUAUUCAACGAGGACAUCGUCCGGGAGAUGAUGGGCUCCGGAGAGGUGAUAUCCGAGCUGGAAAGAGAGUGGGAACAGUUGAACAGGGAUCGCGCUGUACUCCGGGAGAUCUUCCCGAGCGGCGAAUCCAAGGUAGUGCUGCCCUGUAAUCUGCAGAGGAUGAUUUGGAACGUGCAGAAGAUAUUCCACAUCAACAAGCGAGCGCCGACCGAUCUCAGUCCCAUGAGAGUCAUUCAGGGCGUGAAGAAUCUUCUGGAGAAGUGUAUUAUCGUCGCCGGGGAUGACAGACUGAGCAAACAGGCGAACGAGAACGCGACGUUGCUGUUCCAGUGUUUGGUAAGGUCGACUCUGUGCACCAAGUGCGUCUCCGAAGAGUUCAGACUGUCCAGCGAAGCGUUCGAGUGGCUGAUCGGAGAAAUCGAGACGAGAUUCCAGCAGGCACAGGUGUCGCCCGGCGAGAUGGUCGGCGCACUGGCGGCGCAGUCUCUCGGCGAGCCCGCCACUCAGAUGACCCUGAACACCUUCCACUUCGCUGGUGUAUCAUCGAAAAACGUAACCCUCGGUGUGCCGAGAUUGAAGGAAAUUAUCAACAUCAGCAAGAAACCGAAGGCGCCGUCGCUCACGGUGUUCCUGACGGGCGCGGCCGCGCGUGACGCCGAGAAGGCGAAGAACGUGCUCUGCCGACUGGAGCACACGACGUUGAAGAAGGUGACGGCCAACACGGCGAUAUACUACGAUCCGGAUCCGCAGAACACGGUGAUCGCGGAAGAUCAGGAGUUCGUCAACGUUUACUACGAGAUGCCCGACUUCGAUCCCACGAAGAUAUCGCCGUGGCUGCUGCGAAUCGAGUUGGACAGGAAACGAAUGACCGACAAGAAGCUGACGAUGGAACAGAUCGCGGAGAAGAUCAACGCCGGCUUCGGCGACGAUCUCAACUGCAUAUUCAAUGACGACAAUGCCGAGAAGUUGGUGCUGCGCAUUAGAAUAAUGAACAGCGACGAUAACAAGUUCCAGGACACGGAUGAGGAGACCGUGGAUAAGAUGGAGGACGAUAUGUUCCUUCGAUGCAUCGAAGCGAACAUGCUUAGCGAUAUGACUUUACAGGGUAUUGAAGCUAUCGGGAAGGUUUACAUGCAUCUACCACAAACGGAUUCCAAGAAACGCAUUGUUAUCACGGAAACCGGCGAAUUCAAGGCCAUCGCGGAGUGGCUCCUGGAAACCGACGGAACGAGCCUGAUGAAGGUGUUGAGCGAGAGAGACGUCGAUCCCGUGCGGACGUUCAGCAAUGACAUUUGCGAGAUAUUUCAAGUGCUCGGCAUCGAAGCCGUGCGGAAGUCGGUAGAAAAGGAGAUGAACGCGGUAUUGCAGUUCUACGGCCUUUACGUCAACUACCGACAUCUCGCUUUACUUUGCGACGUCAUGACGGCGAAGGGUCAUCUCAUGGCGAUAACACGUCAUGGAAUCAAUAGACAAGACACCGGUGCUUUGAUGAGAUGCUCCUUCGAAGAAACUGUUGACGUGUUGCUGGAUGCCGCGUCUCACGCAGAGGUAGAUCCAAUGAGAGGAGUAUCCGAGAAUAUUAUAAUGGGACAACUUCCCCGAAUUGGAACAGGAUGUUUCGAUCUAUUGUUGGACGCGGAGAAAUGUAAAUCUGGCAUCGAAAUCCCCAUGGCAGUCGGCGCAGGUAUGAUGGGAACGGCAGGAAUGUUCUUCGGCAGCGUAACUGGCAUAUCUAGCAUGAGUCCUCAGAUGACUCCUUGGAUGGGAGCUACUCCUGGUUAUGGUGCGUCAAGCAUGUCGCCAGCCUUAAGCAGUGGUAUGACGCCAGGUGGUGCAUGCUUCUCGCCAUCGGGGGCGUCGGACGCGUCAGGCUUAUCACCAGCGUACUCGGCUUAUUCACCACAACCAGGAAGUCCCGGUAGUCCGGGCCCGAGUAUGAGCCCGUUCCCAAUGUCACCGGCUGGUGCAGCAUCGCCCAGUUACUCUCCGACGUCACCGGCGUAUUUGCCCACGUCACCAAGCAUGACACCGUCGAGUCCGAACUAUUCGCCCACGAGUCCGACGUAUUCGCCGACCAGUCCAAAUUAUUCACCGACGUCGCCAAGCUACUCGCCGACGAGUCCGAGUUACUCGCCAACGUCCCCGAGUUAUUCGCCAACGAGCCCGAGUUACUCACCCACGUCUCCGAGUUAUUCGCCGACGAGCCCGAGUUACUCACCUACGUCGCCAAGCUAUUCGCCGACCAGCCCGAGCUAUUCGCCCACGUCGCCGAGCUAUUCGCCGACUUCGCCGAGUUACUCGCCCACCUCACCGAGUUACUCGCCAACCUCUCCGAGUUAUUCCCCGACAAGUCCAAGUUACUCGCCCACGAGUCCAAGCUAUUCGCCUACGAGCCCGAGUUACUCGCCUACGAGCCCGAGCUACUCACCAAGCUCGCCUAACUACACACCUGCCUCGCCCUCGUACUCGCCCACCUCGCCCAGCUACUCGCCGAGCUCGCCGCAAUACUCGCCCGCGAGCCCGAGCUAUUCCCCGAGCAGCCCCAAAUAUUCGCCGACGAGCCCGAGCUAUUCCCCAACUUCGCCGUCGUUCGCCGGCACAUCGCCGCAAUACACGCCUGCGAGUCCCACGUACUCGCCGACCAGCCCGACGUAUUCGCCUACAAGCCCGUCGUACUCGCCGAGCUCGCCGCAGCACACCGCGUCCGGCAGCACUCGGUAUUCACCUAGCAGCCCGAACUAUUCGCCCACCAGUCCGACGUACUCGCCCACAAGUCCGCAGUACUCGCCGUCGAGCACCAAAUAUUCGCCCACAAGCCCUACCUACACGCCUACAAGCCCGAGUUAUUCUCCGACGAGUCCGACGUACUCGCCGCCCGUACCGGGAUACUCGCCCACGAGUCCCACGUACUCGCCGGCGUCACCCGCCUACGAGACGGAUGAAUAAUUUCUUUUUUAAGAUUUUUUCAUAAAUUAUUACAUACUUUAGAUACUUAUUUUAAAUAAGUUAAUUGUAUAAGUCCGACCGAUUGUAAUUAUCGUGAUUGCACAUAGCUGCAAAUAAACUUUACGUACAUGUUUGUUAAGAUAUUUCUUAUGACCUAUUUGGUACUUAGAAAAUCAUAUAAAUAAAAAUUCAAGAGCAAUUAAGAGAAAAUAAGAAAAAUGAACAAAAAUACAAAUUAUUUAUCAAUUAAAAAUGUAUAGUCGAUGAUUUCUCGGCUGUUAAUUACAAUUGCUAUACAGGGCGCAGAUCACGAUGCGCUUUCGCCACUCGUACCAGGAAGGUUGUGACAUAUGUAAUGACCAGAGUGAAGUAUAUGUUAUCUGAGAGAUCUGGGUGUGCUGUAAGCGAGUGUAUUAAUUACUGUGUUAUAAGCGAGUUGUAAGUAAGAAUAUUUUAGGGACCAGGGAAUUUUGUAAGUCAGCAAUCGAUAAAAUCCAAUGAACUGAACGAGAGCUGUAUUGUUGCGGGAAAUACGUAAAAAUUCAGGGAGACUACCGAUGCGAGAAAUGUCUAAAAAAAAUUCAGGGAGAUCAUUUGUAUAUGCGUCUUUAUUGCGACUAUGCUAUCAUUACGACUACUAUUCUCGUAGAGAUACAAUUGAUCUUCUACAUUUAGCAAGCUGCACGAUAUCGUAUGUUCAAGACUCUGCAUUUCGUUGAUAUUUAGUCUGUUGAAUAGAUACGGAGACCUGUGAUUUUAUUAAACGAAUGCGAAAGUGAAAAUCGAAACUUUUGCUGUAUUAUCUCGAUUGUAUUAACUGUAUUAUCCGUAUCGUCCGUUAUUAACGUUUUAUUUCUCUUGUGCAACAACGAUCAUUUCAACUCGAUUGGAGUAUAUCAAUUAAUUAAUAUUCCUCACAAAUGAAUCAACCAAAGGGAUAUAUGUAAAAAGGAAUUAUUCACUGACAAUAACUCAAAGCAUUUCGUAUAUCAAUAUAAUAAAGACACGAAUCAUCUAAAAAGUGGUCUAAAUUGAAUCAAAUACACGCGGAAAUGUGGAGGAGAUAUCAGACGUAGAGAUAUACAUUUGAUAUAAUUUAACAAAAUUUUAUUACAAAUCGCUUUUAAAAUAAAUGGUCGCGGCAUCAAGAACGGCGACCACUGUAUGCUAGUCGAAACAAAGCGUAGCGUCUUGAGAGUUCGUUCUAUCGUAUAGUCUGCGACAGCUUGCUAAAUACAAGUCAUAUACAUUGUAGGUCUUCCUCGCAGUUCUCCCGUCCAGGGCAAGUUACUGGUGUUCGAUAUCGGUAUCGGGUUACCUCGGUGCUGCGGUACGGUGCGCACCGCGGUGAAAACCGGUCCAGAUACUUGCCACGAUGAACAUCGUGCGCCCCAGUACCGCGGCAUCGCGAGCAAGCAGCAUGUCCGGGAAUUCGGGGCUAUCGUUGCUCUUCGCAACUCUGUGCAUCGUCGAUAUUUUCGGCGUGUUCCCGAUAAUCGCGCUACCACGAUCGAUUGUCCAGUGCGGUGAGAUCUCGCUGUAAAUUUUUUAAUCAAGAUAAAAAAAGUUUCUGAUAUAUUAUAGGCGGCUACAAUGGAAUAUUUUGCAAAAGAAAAAACCAAACACCUUGACAAAUCUGUUAUUUUUCCCCCCAACUAUGAAUUAAAAUUACUUGUCAAAGUUUUAUAAAAGGGAUUUGUAUGAGAAGCUCCGUGUACGAAACAAAAGAGAGGCUUGAUUGACCGCGACAGUUUUUGCAACGAUUGUAUAUUUGUAAUGACAUUAUAUAUAACGAUAAGUUAAUUUUAAUUAAUAAAAAGUAUCAGUAUGGUAAUAAUAAUAGUGAUUGAUUCCUGUGUUAAUCUAUCAAUAAAAGCGCCUGCAUAAA